AUGGACUUUGGCGACACUGAUCAGCUCAUUAACGAUGCCAUUUGCGCAAUUACUGGUGCUCAACGCGCUCGCGACGGUCAGAUCAAGGCUGUGAGGCGUUUGGCAUACGACAAAGAAGACACGGUGCUCGUCGCCGCCACUGGAUACGACAAAAGCGCAGUCCUAUACACCUUCGCCGCCCUGACAAACCGGAUCACGGUACAAAUCGUACCUCUGACGAAGCUGGGCGAGAACCAGCGCGAUAACAUUGCGAACAAUGUCAAAGAUUCGAAUCCGGCGUGGAUUGACGGCGACACGCACCUCAAAAAUCCCAAGAUCUGGGACGAAGUUCGCAAUGGCGACUACACGCAUAUUAUCUUGAGCCCCGAGCAAGCCGUCAACCCGAAGUUCAAGUCUAUCCUGAGAGGCCCAGAAUUCCACGAAAAGAUCGGUCUAUUCGCCAUCGACGAGCUUCACAUUGUUGGCGAGUGGAGGGAUUUCAGGCCAGACUUCACGUAUCUCCAUACAUUGCGGUCACUAUUACCACGUUGGGUCCCGUGGUUUGGCUGUACAGCGACGUUGGACAGGGACAAUCAGGAUUAUAUUCUUAAGCAUGCUGGGUUUGACCUGCGGCGUCUGGAGAUCAUCCGCACCUCUGUCAAUCGACCAGAGAUCUCCAUCGCUGUACAACCGCUUGUUCGCGGCUAUAUCAAUGACUUCCGACGCCUCCAUUAUCUUCUCGAAGAUUCCACAGUCCACACGGUUCGCAGCAUCCCCAAAACGAUCAUCUACAUCGACAGCAAGCCCCGGUUGAUCGCGGCACGAUGGUCUCUAUGCAAGUACGCUCAAGAGAAGUGUAGUUUCUCUAAGGAGUUUGCUCGCAAGGUCAUACAACGGUACGAUGCCGACGUUCGUGAUGCCGACAAGAACAUCAUCUUCAACAACCUGGCAUCUGACUCUGAUUGCCGUAUCGUCUUAGCGACGGUCUCCCUCGGUAUGGGGAUGGAUAUCCCUGACAUCGUUCGAGUUGUUCAGUUCGGCUUGCCGAAGUCCCCCAGCCUCGCCGACUUAUGGCAGCGCUUUAGUAGAGCGAUGCGUAACACGCAAAAGGCGGCGGAACAGGGAUAUAUUCGCGGGAUGGCUGUUGUAUUCGCGCCUUAUUGGGUAUUCAGUCAUAUUGGAAGCACUGAUAAACCAGUACCAAAGAUUAAACAGCCAAGAAGACGACCAGCCCGUCAACAACAAGCCCACAUGCCCGCCAUUGCUAGCCGUCUCCGGGAGAUGGCUCUUGUUGAUCGCGACGAUGACGAUAUCGCUAGUCAAGGCAGUCAGAACAGCAACCCAGUCAGCCAGACAUCGCAAGCCAUAGAAGAGGCUGCAAAUGCUCAACAACAAGAAGAGGCUAUCGCCCUCAGCUCCGUUGGUCUCUGGGACUUCGAAAAACGUAUCAAAUGGAGCAAAAACGACAUCACUGCGCAAGAGAAACUGGAUCUAGUUAUCAGAUCCUGGCUCAACAGUGGUUGUUUCCGUGAGUCCGCGCUAGAUUAUCUACAAGAGCCCAGCAUCGAAGACGACCCGGAUCUUGAGUAUCGGCGACCACUUGAUAAGGAGUUCUGUUGUAACGGCCACAACUGUAACCGCACGCUGGGCCGCAUCCCACCACUUGAACCGCUGAAUAAAGGGCAGGAGAAGCCCACAACUGGCUCGUUGGCAGCAUUCGCGAUGGAUCGGUUGGCGGUAUGGUGCAAGGAGCAGGCGCAACAGCUAGUUCCCGCCGAGCAUCGCCACUUUGACGUACUGGGCGAGAUGUGGAUGGAUCUUCGCCUUCAAUAUGCCGUCGCCCGUCUGUUUUCGCAGGGCCCCCGCAAAAAGCCAGAGCUCCCGUUCAACGAUGUCCCGUCGCUGGUACAGAAGCUCCCAGCGAUUAGAGAGUGGGAGCACCUUCAGUCCAGUGGUCCAGAGCUAGUAGCGGUCUGUACAGAGUCAAUCGCUACAGUCAUUGAGGCUCGCGAUGCUUACAAGAAGAAGAAGAGUGCAGAUAGGGCAGCCCGCCGAAGCGUUGGUAUAGUGUCGGGUUCUGGCACAGAGGCAGUAAGCGGCACAGUAAGCGGUACUAAUGAAGGCCGCAAGCGGGCGGCAGAACCAUCAAUAUCGCCAGCAUCGAAACGCUGA